CUCCUCUCCCCUCUUCCACCACCUUUCUCCUUCACACAUGCACGCUAUCUUAUCCUCCCUCUUCUCCAUCAACUCCAUUAAUAAUUCCAUAACAAAAUUACCAUCUAAUUUCCCCACCAAAAUGAUGAGCUUGCUCUUCACUCUCCUCCUCCUCCUCCUCCUCGCCCUCCUUCUCCUCCUCCUCCGACUUGGCCGCCGCAAACCCAUCCUCCUCCUCGACUUCGCCUGCCACAAAGCCAAGGAAUCCUGCAGCCAAACUCACCAAUCCUUCGUCGAACGCAGCAUAGUUCUCGGCACCUUCACCAAAGACAAUGUCGCCUUCCAAAAACGUAUCUUGGAGAGGUCCGGCGUCGGCCACUCCACUUACUUCCCAGAGGCGGUGGCUAAGAUCCCACCGGAGCUAUUUAUAUCGGAGGCGAGAAAGGAGGCGGAGAUGAUGAUAUUUGGAGCUGUGGAUAGGCUUCUGGACAAGACUGGAGUCGAUGUGGAGAAGGAGAUUGGUGUUCUGGUUGUUAACUGUAGUUUGUUUGGUCCCACGCCUUCUCUAUCCGCCAUGAUUGUGAAUAAGUAUAGAAUGAGGGAAGAUGUGGCCAGCUUUAAUCUUAGCGGGAUGGGUUGCAGUGCUGGUGUUAUUUCCAUUGAUCUCGCACGCCACAUUCUCAAGGUUAGACCCAACAGCUACGCUCUGAUCGUGAGCACAGAAAACCUAACCCUCCAUGGCUACUACGGCAACAACCGCCCCAUGCUGGUCACCAACUGCCUCUUUCGCAUGGGCGCCGCCGCCGUCCUCCUCUCCAACCUCCCCUCCGAUCUCCACCGCGCCAAAUACUCCCUCUCCGAUCUCAUCCGCACCCACAGAGGCUCCGACGACUCCUCCUACCUCUGCGUCUCCCAACAAGAAGACGAUCAAGGUCAAAUCGGCGUUUCCCUCUCCAAAGACCUAAUGUCCGUCGCCGCCGGAGCUCUCAAAUCCAACCUCACCGCCCUCGGCCCCCGCGUUCUCCCCUUCUCCGAACAAUUCCGCUUCCUAUUCUCCCUCAUCUCAUCUAAAUACUUCGGCGGGCGCUGGAUUUCGAAACCCUACGUGCCGGAUUUCAAGAAGGCGUUCGAGCACUUCUGCAUUCACGCGGGAGGAAGGGCGAUACUGGACGAACUGGAAAAAAGAUUGGAUCUUGGGAGCUGGGAGAUGGAGCCGUCGAGAAUGACGCUGUACAGAUUCGGGAACACGUCCAGCAGCUCUCUGUGGUAUGAAUUAGGGUAUUCGGAGGCGAAGAACAGGGUGAAGAAAGGGGAUAGGGUUUGGCAAAUUGGAUUUGGGUCGGGGUUUAAGUGUAACAGUGUGGUUUGGAGGGCGCUGAGGGAUAUAAAUCCCAAGGGGAGUUAUCCCUGGCUGGAGGAGAUUCAUAGGUUCCCUGUUGAUGUGCCUCAGGUGGAAGCCAUUAAUUGUUCUUUGAGCUUUUAAAAUGGGGGUUUUUUUUAAUAAGCUUUGAUUAAUCUCCAUGUAUCUUAUUGUUUGUGGUUGGAAUGAUCAUGCUUUGGUAGUUAGAUUAAUGAGUUUUUAUUAAGGAAGAAUUGCGUAUAUGCCACUUAACUCAUGUGU